GAGACUUGUUGAUCAUGACAGCUUGAGACUCGUCUCCCGCGGUUAUUUUCCGACAAAUGGUGACCCCGACGUGAUACAGACCGGGGAAUUUCGGCUGCCACGAACGGAGACUGCGUUGGGUUCGGGUCCCGCAGCUAGACGGACGGCGAAAGAGUGAAAGAUUGGACUCCGCGCCUCGGGUGACCACAGCGGUGGGCUCGACCGAUACGUGCUGCUGAAGCUUGGAGGGCUGCAACAGCGCUGACGUAGGUAAGGAUGGACAGGCAAGCAGCAUAUGAUUUAUUUACCGCCUUCUUGAGAAAGAGACAAUUUCAGGGGCUAGAUCUAGAGAAGGAACUCCCUGCCCUGUUGAGUCACGCGGUAUCGUACGGGUUCUUUGCCAACCCUCACUUGGUACACACGCUAGAUGAAUGGCGGCGGUAUGGGGAUAAGCUCUGGGAGUUAGUUUUGGAGGACGACAUGCCAGCGAAAAAGAUGAGUAAACUAUGGAAGGCGGUACAUAACGAAUUACUCAUGAGUCAGGCGGAGAAAAGGGCAGCUCAGGGAGCUCAGGCGGCUCAAGAAACGAACAAAGAUUAUGGGUUGGUAUGGGAUAGCACUCCGAACCCUCCCUCUUAUCGCACGUUUAUGCUACCCUCUGCUCCCCCUGCGCCCAUAAACGGAACACAGGAGGGAUCAGUCACGGAAUCAGCGGAGGCACCUCUGCGCCGAACAACAGGGCCGUCAGCCCUGGGCGACUCCGAACCGAUUCCCGGUGCCGAGUCUGACCUUGCGGAGGCUAUAGCCAGGGAGAGACGGGAGUUGUGGACCAUGUUAGCAAGACAUGGGAUGGAAGGCGGAGAUAAUGAGCUUGUGCAGGCAGCAACAGAAAAUCUUGCGUUCCCAGUUGUUUGUACUCCCACGCCGCAGGGCGGAAUACAAGCAGAAAUUCGAACUCUAGAUUGGAAGAUGUUGUCCCAACUACGGGCUACAGUGGGGACAUACGGAGUAACCAGUGAGCCGGCUAGACAGAUGAUGGAAUAUUUAUUCAGCACGCAUAUACUCCUCCCGGCCGAUAUUAGAGGCAUAGCUAGAUUAAUUUAUACCCCUCUCCAACUAAUAUUGUUUAAUGCACACUGGCAGCAGGAAGCCGCGGUAUCGGUGGCAGUGCAGAGAGGUCCAGGAGACCCACUGGCAGGUAUAACAGUAGAACAAUUGAUGGGUCUUGGGGCAUGGACUCGGGUAGAAGCACAAGCAAUUUCCGGGCCUGACGUCUCCUGA